AUGCAAACGCCACCAGCAAUGUGGUGGUGGAAGGUUUUGAUCGUUGCUACCAUUGGGACCGCACGAGCGGCUUCCCGGGAGAAAUGGCUCGGUCGCUCGGUCUACCAAGUGGUCACCGAUCGCUUCGCUCGAUCUGAUAACUCCACCUCCGCUUCUUGCAAUGCGGGUCUCGGAGAAUAUUGUGGAGGCAGUUUUCGAGGCCUCAUUAAUAGACUGGGUUACAUUCAAGAUCUCGGAUUUGAUGCAGUCUGGAUCUCUCCGGUGCAAAGCCAGGAGUCGACUCGCACCGCAGAUCUCUCAGCCUAUCAUGGUUAUUGGCCCAACGACCUGUAUUCUAUCAACUCUCAUUUUGGCACUUCCGAUGACCUCAAGGCGUUGUCCACAGCGCUGCACGCGCGUGGCAUGUACCUGAUGCUCGACGUUGUUGUUGGUGACAUGGCCUGGGCUGGAAAUUCAUCUACCGUCGACUACAGCAAGCUCAAUCCAUUCAACGACAAGAAGUAUUUCCACGACUACAAACUACUUUCUUCAGACCCCACAAACAACACUUGCGUUCUAGAUUGUUGGAUGGGAGAUAACACUCUGUCGCUUCCGGAUCUGCGAAAUGAAGACGAGGAAGUCCAACGGAUGCUGGGGACCUGGGUCUCGCAGUUGGUCUCAAACUAUUCAAUUGAUGGACUUCGAAUUGACAGUGUCCUGAACAUUGAUCCCGACUUCUUUUCCGGUUUUACCAAAUCAGCGGGCGUGUUUACUAUGGGCGAGGGGGCCACAAGAGACGCAUCGGGUUAUUGUUCUCUACAACCUAGUUUGAGUGGACUUUUGAAUUAUCCACUGUACUAUAUCCUCUCGGAAGCCUUCAAUACAACGCAGGGAGACCUGAACAGGAUUGUUCAGUCCAUCGACCAUACCAGGCAAACUUGCGACGAUGUACUUCCCCUGGGAACUUUUACAUCAAAUCAGGAUGUGCCCCGCUUUGGCUCAUAUACUUCGGACAUAUCGCUAGCUCGUAACAUUCUCACGAUCAACAUGCUCGCCGACGGUAUUCCCAUCCUCUACUACGGGGAAGAACAACACCUGACGGGCGGGUUCAAUCCUGUCAACCGUGAAGCUCUGUGGCUUACCAAGUACUCGAUGAAAUCAACCUCCUUACCUUCGCUUGUCCAAACGUUGAAUCGCAUCCGAAAAUACGCAAGUAGCGACGGAGAAAAAUCCACGGUCGCUCCGAAAUCAGGUACCGAUUACCUUUCGUAUCUCACAUUGCCAAUCUACAACUCGACAAACAUUUUGGCAAUGCGCAAGGGGUAUGCGGGUAACCAAAUUGUGAGUGUGGUGUCUAAUCUGGGAGCUAAGCCCGCCAAAAACGCCACCACCAAAAUCACGCUUGGCUCCGACGGCACGGGCUUUUCGAUUGGACAAAACCUGACCGAGCUCUUAUCUUGCAAAACAUUUGUGACCGAUUCAAAGGGAGAUAUUGAUGUGGACCUCAGCUCGGAUGGCGGGCCUCGGGUAUAUUACCCUACGGAAAGCCUUAACCGGAGCACAAAUGUUUGUGGAGAUCACACUCACACAUCGACAGCCUCAUCUGCGAAGCCGAGCAGUUCCACUGGGGCUGGGAGUUCUUUGUUCGGUUUAUCGUGGGAGAUGAGCACAUUGAUAGUCACCGCUGCUCUGACAACGUCCUGCAUUGCCAUCUAA